AAACUCAUUGUGUUCAUGCAUCUGCGAGUAAGCGCUGCACCGCCUCUGCUGGAUAUUCCAGGAACAUGAGUGGUGUAUAUGCAUGCGGGCGGCAGCAGCAGCAUUUGGGGCUCUGCACACCGGCGCUUAUACAACAUUGCAGUUGCUUUUGGGUGUCGCAUAAGGACAAUAUAUCGGCAACAAUGGAACCAGUCAAAUGCACAAUCACUCGUAGACCCCGCAAAUGUCGAGUUACACAGCAGCAGAGAUAUUGCCGACGACCUUGCGCCAAGGCUGGAAUUGCUCAACGCUCUCCACGAUGAACUACACAUUCGCAAUGAUCAACUACACAUCUUCACUGAUCGAAAGUGCCGCUUCAGCGCACUAUGAGGUUGUUCAGACGUCGCGAGUAACUCAAACGGUCCUGUGGAUCUCGCCAGCUACAAGCUUCGUCGUCCAGACCAUACCGGUCACCUCGACGCCAAACCCGACAGCAUCAGCGUGGAACAUUCAGCGAGCGAGGCCGAGCACGCUCACAGAAGCGCAGGCUGCCACUAUCGGCGCGGCUACGAUGCUCAUACUUGCGCUCGUCAUGUUCGGUGUGUGGCUUUUACUCGCCCGCCGUGCACGCCGAGGACGCUACCGCUCGGUUCCAUCUAAUACCGCUCCGCUGCGCCGUCCCCCUAUCUCGCCGCCGAUGCCCAUAUCAGUAGGAGGGGACCCAAGCAAGGACGUGCGAAGUAUACCAAAUACGAGUACAAGAGCAGGUUAUAUUAGUAUCACUGCAGACAGAACAGUGCAAGCGCCUUCAAAGCCUCCAGUGUCACCGAUAAGUUACCACGACUGCGAUGAGCUAGAUCUACGUCCAGACGAGCUCUGCUACUACGAGAGUCUGCUCUAUAACACUGCAGACCCGGACACAUGUGUUAUCAGCCAUCACCGGGAUAGCACUGUUAGUGAGCAUUACGCCACUAAAGCGUCGACACCUACCGCACCAACAGUAUACCGCCUAAGCGUAUCUACAGUAUCAUCGAACGUCCGGCCUGCAACUACUAUACUUGGCACGGUAGAUGUUAGUAGCAGGCGCGAAAAUAUACGUCGGAUGACCUUCCCUAUGAAGAGGUAAAGAUUUGCAUAGUCUUAAUAUAGAGAUGAAGGUAGACUCGGUAAGGCGCUUGUCUACACUGCGGCGGUCAGUCCCUCGUUGCUCGAGUAUUAUGCUAUACUACCUUCGUGUCUCUUACUUCGUUGUAUAACCUCUGGGAUUACAUUGAUCGGAGCUCCGCCUGCAAAUUCGUUCCUUGCGAUCAUUAAUUCUAGCUACUCUUUGA